AUGUGCGCCAACGUUUCCGUGCUCUUUAGCAAGAAAGACAUCGAGGCCAUCAAGACUGGCAAAGUUCCCUGGCUCACCGCCGUCAAGCUCGCGCGAAUGUCGCCCAAGGCGUACAAGCACUUUUCAGGGUACCUGUGGUUCGAAGACUUUGUGGUCAGCCUCCCUGGGCCUCACACUUGCUCGCCAACACUGCAGCAUGAUCGGGUCAUGGCCUAUGGGAGGCAGAGAAUGCGAGAAAUCCACGGAGAGACGCAGGGGGAACGAAAGGAGUUGAUCGACAAGUCCAAACCGAAGGCGGUUGUCACGCCUUCUGGGCAUAUAUUCACCAACGACGAUUUGAUUGCUUUGUGA